AUGUACUGCCAGGUAUCAAACCAGUCUUCCGACACAUUGGAAUCUAGGACUAGCGAUACUAGUACGGCUCAACUUCGAAGUUCUUUCAGGCCGUCAUCCUUGCUUCUUUGGGCAUGCAUAACGAUCUCGAUUUCAUCGUCUUUUACAGCCCUCAGCUUGCUGCUCUACGACCAGAAUUCCAUUAGCACAACGGCCACGACAGAGGGUUACGCAUUGGGAGACUUGAGACGGCCAAACCCAUACGUCAAUCUUCAACAAGUGUACCGAACCGGGCCACUUACAUCGCGACCAAGGAUCCCAGCAAUCUACAAUUUCCCCCACACCCUCCUUCAAAUCGAUGCGUCAGACCCCAAGCGAGCAUUUCUGCCCGAGAAGCAUCGCAGUUACUCCAGUACAGAAGGAUUUAUCUACCCUGAUGAUCGCUCUUUCGAAGUAUCGUCAAAGCUAUCAACAGUCAUCCAGUUCAAGAAUCAAGACUUUGGAAUGGAGAACUGUACUCUAGAACUCACGAUUCCAGAGUCUUCCAGGACGGAUUUCAAUCCUGCAGUUCACAUCGACCAUUCCAGCACCAUCGAAGUAUGGAUGCUGGACAACUCUCGUGAAAUCUCACGUUAUGACCUAUGGGACAGAGCUCCCCAACGACAAUAUCUCUUCGAUGAAAUUUCCCUCGACGGAAAGGGUACGAAGGAGAGUCGGCUUCACUACCAUUGUCCCUCCACGACUUUCAGCACAUUCGAGUUCACCUGCAAGGUAGGAAAUCCUCACUGCCUCGUCAAAUUUUGGCAGCGUAAAAGUGAUACUCCUAACGGAAUCUACAUCGUUCAACAUGAUUCUUUAUGGUCUGAGUAG